ACAUGUUGACCAGCGGCGGGAGAAGGCGGAACCGCGCGCAGCCAAUGGUGCCUCAGAGGCCCCCCAGCCCCGCCCCAAGGUGAAGACAGCUGGCCGCAGGAGGCAAUGGGCAAAUGAGUGAGGGCGCCCGUCGGGCCCCGCCUCCGCCGUGCCCACGUGCAGCGGCGGAGCCAGGGGCCUCCUAGAGAUCACCCGCCCCCAAAGCACCAUUCUGUGUUCCGGCCUUUCGCCACCAGCACGGGGCUGGGAACUGAGGCCUAGAAACGCAAGUAACAGACGUGGAGUUGCUGAGCGAAGCUGUAGGACGCAGCAACCCUCCAGCCCAGGAGUUUGUCCAAGGGUCGGGCCUGGAGCCGAAGCUUGUAGCAGCCCUACAAGUCUGAGGGGGCGGGCGUGGUCGCGUGGGGUGGGCCGAGGUUCCCCGAGGUUCCCCGGCAAGUUUCAGGAGGGCGGGGCCAGGAGCUGGGCUGUCCCGGGGCGGGGCGGGGCGUCCUGGGGGGCGGGGCCGAGCGCCUGUGUUUGUUGCGCCGUGUCAGUUACAUUGUAACAAAAGUGGUGCAGCCGCUCCUCCGGCCAGCACCGUAGGCCAGCCCGCCGCCAGCUGUCGCGGACAUGGAACCCGUGGCCAGCAAUAUCCAAGUUCUGCUGCAGGCGGCCGAGUUCCUGGAGCGCCGCGAGAGAGAGGCGGAGCAUGGCUAUGCGUCCCUGUUUCCGCACCGAAGUCCUGGCCCGGUCCACAGGAGGAGGCGGCGGUCCCCCCAAGAUCCUGGCGCGCUGGACAGUGGGCGGUCUGUGCAUAACGAGUUGGAAAAGCGCAGGUGAGUCCCAACCCUGCCCUGACAGCACCAGGCCCCAGGAACUGCCUCCCUCUGGCCUUCCCUCCCCUGCUGUCCCUCAUCUGGCCAGCAAGUCUGGGCUGGCACUGCCCUCUAGACCCCUUCCCCGCAGGAGGGCCCAGCUGAAGCGGUGCCUGGAGCAGCUGAAGCAGCAGAUGCCCCUGGGGGCUGACUGUGCCCGAUACACCACACUGAGCCUUCUGCGCAGGGCCAGGAUGCACAUCCAGAAACUGGAGGAGCAGGAGCAGCGGGCCCGGCGGCUCAAGGAGAAGCUUCGAAGUAAGCAGCAGAGCCUGCGGCAGCAGCUGGAGCAGCUCAGGGGGCUUGCGGGGCCUGGUGAGCGUGAGCGGCUGCGGGCAGACAGCCUGGACUCCUCAGGCCUCUCCUCCGAGCGUUCUGACUCAGACCAAGAGGAGCUGGAGGUGGAUGUGGAGAGCCUGGUGUUCGGGGGCGAGGCUGAGCUGCUACGGGGCUUCAGCGCCGGCCAGGAGCACAGCUAUUCACACGGUGGUGGCGUCUGGCUAUGACCUUCGUUGCCGGAGGGGCCUCUAUGCUCAGACCACCCUUGGCUCUGCCCAACUGGAGUCCUCGCCGAGCCUCCAGGGCUGCUGAGAGUCGCCUCCUGUUGGAAUGGACUAAAUGGACCUUGUGUGGAAACAGGUGCUCCCCCUACCCUGCUGCUGGCUGCCGGCAGCCCCUCCUAGGACAGAGAGCCCUGCGGGGCAGGUGGCUUGGGCCCAGGCUGCCCUUCCAGGCAUUUUUAGUAGCACUUGGCUCUGCUGUCCAUGGGGGCAGGGAGCCUUUUGGGCCCUCACGUUCCUUCCUAGACAAGGGCCCGCCCCUGGCCUUUGCCCCACAUGUACUGUUCAGUGUUUUCAUUAAAAGCCCCUUUCUUAACUUCC